AUGUGGACAUCAGCAGAGGAAGUUGGAGGGCGCGUGAGGGAGCCGAUGUGCGUCGAGCAGUGGGGCCAUACAAGCAGGCGCUGUCAACGUCGGAAGCCGUCUCCUGGCAGGCACAAAGGUGAGAGGGGCCGGCCUGUGGGGAGAGGGGCGGGGGUAGGCAAGCGCAGCCAGUUCAUCUUGCCUAAGGUGGCGAUCAAGCUGCUGCGGGCCUCGCCGGGCAAUGCAAUCUAUGCAGAUGCGGCAGGGCGGACGGUGCCCGUCUUUCGCAACGUGUAUGCCGCGGAUCGCUCACAGCGCGAGGAUGCCUACAACAAGUUGACCGCCACGUACCGGGACCUGGAGCGCCAGGGCUUCGGCGUUGUACGACGGCGGCCCGGCGCGUGGCCAGUUUUCGUGAAACAUCGCUGGUCCGCUAUGUCCCAGGACGUCCAGGCGACCUUGCGAACUUGGGGCAUUCCUCUACAUUUCUUCGAUGGCUUUUUGGAGGCAGCAGCAGUGGAUCUGGCAGCCAAGACGGGCGUCCAGUCGACGCAGCACAUGCCCGGAAGCGAGCGCAGGCAGAUGGCGGCGGAGAGCAAAGUGCAUGCGGCUGGGGCGCCGGUUGAAGAAGAGCUCACGUCGAACAAGGCCGCCGCAGAAGCAUUGGCGUCGAGUGAGCCACAGAGUACCGAUGGCAAGGCGUGGAGGAACAUCUACAACGAGGUGCAUGAGGACCUGCCGCACGACGUGAGAGCCGCAACGUGUCUUGCGCGACGCGUGUGCCAGGCUGCGAAGCCCCCGUGCCAGAUCACCUUUGGCACGAAGCACAUGGUCGACGAGGGUGGUUGCGGCGGUUUCAAGCUUUGGGGGUCAUGCGCGGAAUGCCGCCCCAAAUGCUCCUUCCGCGCUAGAGUGACGGUGUGGGUCAGUGGGCCAGCCGAGGGCAAGGUCACCGUGGACUGUCGGGGCGCACACGGCAAAAGAAGUUUGGCGACAGGUGGUCGUCUCCUGUCAGCAGGUGUCGCCCACACAGUCAAUCAGAUCGUGGAAGCCAGGGAGCCCAUCACCAGCCGCAACAUCCGAGAGGCUUUGGCACGCAAGGAGCUGGAGCUGGGUUGUGAGUCGAAGCAACUCCACAACCUCGUGAAGCGACUGCGGCAGAAGCAUGGCACGGCGUCAGCCGUGGCCCCACUGCCAAUCCAGCCCUUCAAGGACGAGGCCGUCAGGCGGCAGGAAGAAGUCUCCUCGAAUCUGCAGUCCCCGGACCUGGCGCAUGUGUUCGUGCUGAAAUCGCCGCAUGGCAUUGUGGUCCAGGAAGAUCGGGUGUACGUGCCCGUCACCUGUCCGGGCAUGCUCCUACGCCUAAGAGACGCGGCGCGACACCGCAUCCGUCUCAUCGUGGACAUGAAAAUGGGAGCAGUUGCCAACAAUUACGGAGUCGUCACGCUGUGUUUUGCAGCGAGCAAUCCGGCUCCUGCAAACACCUCGGCGACCACGAUCAGCGGGCGACGCCAGCAGUACAUGGCCCACACGUGCACGGCACAGCCGGUUAUGCAAGCAAUCGUAAACUCUGAGGGAGAAGAGAAUCUGGUCGCUUGCUUCGAGGAUCUCGUUUGGCUCUGUCAGGAAGCUGCAGGCUUCGACUUACAGAGGAACAUUGUUCAAGUGCAAGCCGACUUCGCUCCAGGCAUCGCUGCAGCGCGCCGCAAGGUGUUCCCAGCUGCACGCUUCCUUGGCGACUACUUCCAUUACAAGAAGGCGGUGCGGAAGUCGCUUCCCAGCAAGGAUCGAGUCGGGCAGCAGGGCGCCAAGAAGCGCGGCAGGAAGAAGCGUGACUCCAAUCUCAGCAAUGUCUACGAUCUGUCCGACCUCACCAGGUGUCUGCCGACGCUGCAGCUGACGGACCUGAUAUGGCGAGCCAUCUUCCAGGACCUUCCUGCGGACGCUGCAGCUUAUCUGCAGAGGCAGUUCUUCCAGAAGUGCGCCGUCGCCGAUGUGCAGCGUGUGUUCAAGACCAUCGUCGCUCUUCCGCAGCAUGGGGGCAAGCUGUGGUUGCCGUCCUUCUGGGCCGGUGUCUUCGGCACAUGCCCUGGCAGUGGUGCAGGGUCCAACCCCUUGGAAGCGCGGCAUGCGGCGUGGGAAGCCGAAUUGAAGAGUCGCACGCGGAGCAGUCUUCUGGCCACCUUUGAUGGUCUCCAGCACCUGUAUGCGAAGUGGCGGAAGACGUUUGAGUGGGGGACCGCCAUGCGAAUGAGUGCCUUUCCGGUCGGCGAGAGUGAGCACCUCAUGAACAGUGCGACGCUCCGUUCACAGGGACGGUCGCCCGCCGUCGACUACUGGAAGAUGAGGAACGAGGGCAACCACGUCAAAUUUCGAGUUUGCAACUCGGCAAUGCAUCAGGGGCCGUGA